AUGCACUGGAAGAAGUGUUCUGGUCGACAAUUGAUUGAGAAUUAUUGUGUGAAAUUAAUUCAGAAAGUUGAAGAUCAAACUGUUGUAACUCGUGGUUGCCUUAGUGACCUGUUGCUGAAUACACAAUAUCGUUUAGAUAUGCCGCAACUUCGUCGUCAUGGUUACUGUGUGAAUUCACGUGACUAUCAACAAUAUUUACUUGGAAAAUUAAAGGGGCAGACAUUAGCUGAAACUGCCAUGGGGCUAUUCAGAGAUGCGAAUAUGAAUUUUAAACGCUUCUGCUAUUGUAACGAUUGGAAUGGAUGUAAUCAUGUAGGUGGGAUUAAAGUUCGAAUGGCUUUAAUCCUGUCCAUGACAGGAUUGACAAUGAUAUUGUGCACUAAAUUGUAG